UCUGCAAGCGCAGUGCUGCCAGACCACCGGCAGAUGCCUUUUCGAAUAAAACAAUAAAAUUCCGGCAUUUUAACCCAUCCAAAAAAUCACGAUGAAGGAUCCGUCCACUACGAUUUUAUCCUCAGAUUCCGAAGAUCUGCGGGAAGCGCGCGAUACCGAACUGAGAAGAGUGCUCAAGCUGAAACUAGUGCUGGCUGAGCUGCGCCGCCUGAAUCUGGGUCGAGAUCAGAGUCUGCAAACAAAAAAUGUCCUCAAAUUGGUGUCCAUCGGGGACUACAUGCGUCUGGGCGAGAACGAUGGCGGUCAGGAACACGUUCUAGGUCUGCAGGAUGCCAGCAGUUUUCCACCUCUGAGCUACGUUGAUCGGAAAACUGUACGCGACAAGCUAUUUACCCGUCUGAGAGGCACUCUGCAAGCCGUUGCUGAGUUAGGAGACAAGAUGCGCGAAGAGUUUCCAGAUGAUUUCGCCCGGGAGACAGAGCUGAGUGCCGACCAGAAGGAGAUAUUGCAAUUGGAGGAGGAGCAUCGCAGGGGCCUGGAGCAGCUGGUAGAACUGGUGUGGCGCAAGUGUUCAAUGCUCAGGGACGCCGCCGAACUUAAGCUGGGUCCCCAACUGGCAAACGAGCUCAAACUGAAGCAGGCGGAGAUGCAGCUCGUCCAGGCCAAGGCGGAACUGCUGCGUUGUGUCAUCGCCAACGAAGCCGUCUCCCGCACCGAGCACAGUUUCAAGGCGCACAAGGAGGUAGAGGCUUACUUGGAUGAGCUGUUGGCCGCCAAGAAUGCGCCCACUAAAAAGUAGAUUAAGCGAAAUGUCCCCAAAUAGGUUUAAAUAUAUUACAAUUGUAAGAUGUUGA